AUGGGCUCUACAUCUACAGUUCGCUCGCCUCACAUCGUCAAGGCGGAGGGACUUCCUUACUUUACCCCCGCCAAUAAUGGCGGUGCCGCCCGCAACGCGCAGGAUCCCAGCACACCCACGCUGUUUCGUCCCUUGCGCAUCCGUGACAUGGUCCUCAAAAAUCGCAUUAUGGUUGCGCCCAUGUGCAUGUAUUCCACCGAAUCCAAUCCAGCGUCUCCAGCUGUCGGCGCUUUGACGGACUUCCACAUCGCCCACUUGGGCCACCUCGCUUCGAAGGGCGCCGGGUUGGUUUUUAUUGAGGCGACCGCGGUGCAGCCGAAUGGUCGCAUUUCACCCAAUGACUCUGGUCUGUGGCAGGAAGGCACUGAUUCGGAGCAAUUCAAGGGUCUGCGCCGCGUCGUGGAUUUUGCGCACAGCCAAGGAGCCAAGGUUGGCAUCCAACUCGCCCACGCUGGCCGAAAAGCAAGCACGGUUUCCCCUUGGCUCGCAGCGCAGCAGGGCCAGAAGAGUCUUAGGGCGGACGAGAGCGUCGGGGGCUGGCCGUCAAACGUGGUAGGCCCUUCUGGUGGCGAGGAGCACCAGUGGAGCCCCGGCGAUGUUGAAUAUUGGCCUCCGCGUGAGCUGAGUACGGCGGAGGUUGAAGAGGUUGUUCGUGCCUUCGCACGAAGUGCCGAGCUCUCUGCCAAAGCCGGAGUUGAUGUGAUUGAGAUCCACGCAGCUCAUGGUUAUCUGGUCAAUGAGUUUAUGAGCCCCGUCACGAACCGCAGAACCGAUAAAUACGGCGGCAGCUUUGAGAACCGAGUCCGGAUCAUUCAGGAAAUUGCGACGGCCACCCGUGCAGUGAUUCCGAGUGGCAUGCCGUUGCUACUUCGCAUCAGCGCCACUGAGUGGCUAGAGAACGAUGCUGUUGCCGCCAAAUGGGGUAGUUGGGGUAUGGAAUCGUCCAUCCGACUUGCAAAAAUGCUUCCUGAAUUGGGCAUUGACUUGCUGGAUGUCAGCUCUGGUGGAAACCACAAAGAUCAAAGAAUCCAGCCGCAUACCAAUUAUCAGAUUGACUUGGCUGGUCAGCUGCGCAAGGAAAUUCACGCGGCGGGUCAGAAAACAUUAGUGGGAGCUGUUGGGUUCAUCACCGAGGCGGAAAAUGCCCGACGGAUUGUUCAGGGCGCGGAUGAAGCCCACUCGACCGAGGCAAUGCUGUCAGGCGAGGAGCCCAAAGCCGAUGCGGUCUUGAUGGCUCGCCAGUUCCUGCGAGAACCGGAAUGGGUGUUGACGGCGGCCAAGAAGCUCGGUGUCAAGGUGUGGCUCCCCUGGCAGUUCACACGGGGUUUGCUCUGA